UAACUGAGGAAAAUUCGCUGUACAAUGGAAUGGCUCAUUUGCACGACCUACUGAAAACCUUCCUAACGCUGGGAUGUGACGAUGAAGCUGUCUGCUACGGUGCGUGCCGUGUUUACGUUCACCUGCUCGAAGAAAAACGAAUGCACGCGGUACAGUACCAUUACGACGAACAGCUGCGGUUGAUCUACCUUACGGCGAAACGUGAACCUGAGGCACCAGUCGAGCUGAUCGUUCCAAUUCUGGCCACGGAAGAGCUAAACCUGGCCCAGCUCAAACGCUACCGUGAUGUAAUAAAACUACCGAGCGGCGAGAAGCCCGUCGAUAUCGUUCUAGCUAUCUGCGAUUCCAGCUCGACCGUCCUGCUGUAUCGGGCAUCGCCAGGGCUGAAGGACAUCGCCAAGAAACUCCCGUCGAAGGGAAAACUGCUGCGAAUGCGCGCAAACGUCGACUGCCAGAAUAAUGACCAAUAA